AGGGGAAAAGAAGAGGCCAUAAUCAUCGAGUCAGAUGACGACGAGGAGGAGGAAAGAACUGAGCUUCCGUCCGUCUUAUUUGAGAAGAUGAAGGACUUGCUGGAUAAGAUGGGGAGGUACCAACAGAAGUUGGUAGGCCUCUGUGAAGGAGUGAAAGGAUGGAGGUCUAACAUCCCCACAGUAUUCCUCUAUGACUCUGGCCCGGAGUCAGCGCCUGGGCGACCCGGAGUAAAUGUGGUGGGGUCGUGCCCUCAACCAGGGAUAAGGGUGAGACCCCUCACCCCGCAAGCCCGGCUGGCACAGGCAGCGCGAACGAGGAAUCAGGCCAAGGCCAGUACCAGCCAAGAGCCUCCAAGGGGGGAACACGAACUAGGGAGAAGGAAAGAGGCUGUGGAAGUAGAGGACGACGAUGACGAAGAGGAAGAGGAUGAGAGGCUGCGCAGAGAAGAGGAUCAGAGAGCGGAGCAGCGGGCAAGGAAAAAGGGGAUCAGGGGAGAGGCCGAACCAGUCAUACAGGAUGGACCGCCCAAAAAGAAGAAAUACACGGUCCGGUUGGAAGAAGGAUUUGACGUAGAGAAGGUGAUUGACCGGCUGCUGGAAGGGCAUAAUGACCUCAUGACCCUGAAGGAAAUCCUAGCGUCAGCCCCGCGACUCCGCGAUGAACUGAAGGAGAGGUUAUCACGGCGCCUGGUGCCCAAUGUCCAUCUGGGUACGAUCCUGCCCAAGGAGGCAGAGUGGGCAGAGUCAGGUACGAAGAUGGACUGGAAGUGCGUAGCUUGUGGUACGGUGGAUUUGAUGGUGAAGGGUUCCAAAAGCGCAGCAAUGGUGGACACCGGGGCAGAGAUGAACAUUAUUCGGGAUGCGGACGCGAUCAGAUUCGGGUUGGAUAUAGACCGUUCUGACUGCGGUAUUCUGCAUGGAGCCAACUGUAAGGCCAUGUUUUGCGGGACAGCCUCGAAUGUGCUCGUCGAGGUUGGAAAGGUGAAGGAAAGCCUAGACCAGUCAGGCUCGUUGAACCCGGUAGGGAAUGUGGACGAAAUACCCGAGAGCCAGGACGACGAGUUCGAAGAAGGGGAAAUUAAGGAGGCUUUUCGUGCAGAGGAGUACGACGGAAUCUACCUAGAGCUGGGGCUUCUUCUGUCAUGUGAAAUGCGGCUAAGAGAUGUGAACGAUAGGGCUAAAAGGAUGUUGCAACGCUACUUAGUGCGAGACGGUCACCUUUUCGUGAGAAGGGAAGUGGGGAAUCCCAGGAGGGUCGUCUGCGGUAGGAAUCGUCAGAUCGACGUCGUAGCAGCACUACACGAUGGCAUUGCAGGAGGGUAUCGAGGGGUACAAGCCACGUAUGCCAAGAUAAGUGAUCUGUACUACUGGGAUGGAAUGAUGGACAUGGUCGGAAAAUUUUGUCGAUCUUGCGUACCCUGCCAGGAGAGAUCCCGUUUAAGGCAGGGAGAGCCGCUGCAUCCAAGGUUAGAGCGAGAGGUGGGGGCUGUAGUGCAUCUCGAUCUACUUUUUAUGCCACUUGGGGAUCAAGGCUAUAACUAUAUCUUCGAUGCGCGUGAUAACCUGUCUGGGUUCGUAGACGGGCGAGCCAUUCGCACAAAGACCGGGUCAGUCCUGGUGAGCUGCAUCGAGGAGUACUACCUGCGUUAUCCUUUCUUCAGGGAAUUCGUAAUGGACAGGGGAUCAGAGUUUACCUGCCAGGAGGUGCAAGAACUGUUAGCAAGAGUCGAGAGGCGGCAGAGGAGUCAGAGGCCGAGGGACCCUGAGCCCAGGGAGGCGAGACCAUCUCGAGGAGGACGGAAGGCCCUAGCCAGGAGAGAGCAGGAGCCAGAGGAUGAGGAGCGCGGGGCAUACCCUGAGUGUGGGUUGGGGCCAGUGGAGUUCCAUCUUUUUACUGAGGGUGGAUUGAGGAGGUCGCCAGCACACACACAGGGGGAGCCACCAGCGUCAGAGGGGCCCUUGAGGAAAUUGGAGAUGUAUUUAGACACUUCUCAGUGGAGGGCGUCGCUUCAAGGUGAGGAGUAUGGAGAGCAGGCAGAGGAGGUGCCACGGGAGGAGGUGCCACAGGGGGAGAUACCACGAGAAGAGAUGCCACGGGAGGAGGUGCCACAGGAAGAGGUCCAGGGUACUCAGCGAGAGAGAGGGCUGGGCGAUGAGGGGAGACGGGCAGGGAAGGAAGUGAUAGAAGUUGGAGAGGACACGCCCCCACAGACGCCAUCAGUGGGUUUGAGACUCGGGGAUACACCAGGGAGCACCCGGCAGGCAAAUGAGGGGUUGCAGAGAGAGGAGACCCCUUUACCUUCGUCAGAAAAGGCUCCUUCGCCGGAAGGGAGGGCAGAAAGGAGGAAAGAGAGGGCAGCUGUAAGGAGAGAAGCUUUGAUCCUGAUUAAUAGGCACCUAGCAGCUCAUGCCCUGGAGCACCCAGACCUAGAGGAGCCAACACCUGCAGAGCCACGCCAGGAGUCAUGCCAGCCCGAGAAGGAGAUGGAAGCAGAGAUCCCAAAGAGGGUCGACCUCCGCACGAGGGAAAGGGUGCCAGCUGAAGAGACGGCUGAAGAAAAGAGGGCGAGACGAACCAGGCGGAUAGAUGAGAUAUGGCAGGAGAGGCAGAGAUCGGAGGCACCAGGAGCACUCCCGGGUCAGCCACCCAGCGCACCAGCUAAGGCCUCAGAGAUCCCUGAGAUAUGGAGGGACUUCUGGGAGCAGAGAGGAGAGAAGCUUCCAUCGCCAGUCAGAGCCGGGUUUGGGGUGGCCAGGAAGGCAGAAGAAAGGUUAGAUCGUAAAAUCAAGUUCCUGGCCAAGACCACUUUUGACCGGUACUUGUUAUUGGAGGGCGAUCUGGCGGGGAAGAGAAUGAAGGAAGCCAGCCAUGGAGUACGUCUGGAGGCUAUGGAGGUGGAAAUUCAGGAACUUAGGGCUUUGGUGGCCAGCCAGGCAGCUAUCAUUGAAAGCCUGAGGCAGCAAACCCAGGGAAAGGCGGACAGACCAGAGAGCAGCCGGCAGGGAGAGCAGAGGCAGCCAGGACAGGGAUUGCCAGGACAGCCAUCUGCGACAGAGCCUCGCCAGGAGCCACCUAUGGGAAGGGUUAUCCUAAAAUCAGAGGAGGCGAGAGCACAGAGGCAGGCGGAGAGAUAGACGUUCGAGUUCUGAGCCCUUACCGAGCUCG